AUGUCAGAUCAAUCCCACCUUCAAACCCCAAAAACCUUUAGUUCCAUCACUCAAUUUUUACAUAACUGCUCCCAAACAAAAAAUCUAAGAGGCAUUAAGACUCUCUAUGCGCACCUAUUUAGAACAGGCUUACUCUACUCUUCCCCCAUUAUUCAAAGUAAACUCAUAUUCUCGUACACAACAUGCCUUCACGAAAACAACAUUAAAACCUUUACCAACUGCUUUAAAUUUAUAAACCACAACAACCCAUUACCCUUUAACGUUCUAAUAUCUGAUUUUUUUAGAAAUAGGUUAUCUUUUUGUUCUCUAAAAACCUUGUCUUUCAUGCAUUUUCAUGGUGUUCCUUUAGAUACUUAUGCUUUAUGUAGUUCUUUGGCGGCAUCAUCUUCUACAAAAGAAGUUACGUUUGGUAAAGAAGUACAUGCCCAUGUAAUGAAAUCAGGUUGGUUGUCUAGUGUUUUUGUUGGCAGUGCUUUGGUCGAUUUGUAUGCAAAAUUAUCGUUUGUUACUGAUGCCAAAAUGGUGUUCGAUGAAAUUCCUGUGAAGAAUAGCGUAUGUGCAAAUGCACUUUUAUCGGGUUAUUGUCAGGCUGAAUUGUGGGCUGAGGUUCUUGAAUUAGUUCGACUGAUGCCUAUAUUGAAGUUAGAUUAUGAUCACUUCACAUUAUCAGCAAUGCUACGUGCUUGUGCAGGACUAUCUGCAACUGAAUUUGGUAGGCAGGUGCAUGCUUAUUUGAUACGUAAAUUCAAUGAGGUAGAGAAUGAUGUAUUUAUGCAGAGUUCUUUGAUUGAGAUGUAUGGUAAGUGUGGUUCAAUGUUGAAGGCAUUGCACGUAUUCAAUUUGGCCGGUUAUAGGACAGGAGCUGAAAGAAACAAGGAUGUUGUUCUCUGGACUUCAAUGCUUGGUGUAUGCGGUAGAAAUGGACACUUUAAAGAUGUGAUUAAGUUAUACAAUGCAAUGUUGAGGGAAGGAACAAAACCAGACGAGGUGGCAUUUGUGACAGUAAUCUCAGCCUGUGGUCACACUGGCCAAGUCAAACUUGGGAUUGAGUAUUUUGAAUCCAUGGUUCGUGAUUACAAUUUGAAUCCUGGUCUAGAGCACUAUAGCUGCUUAGUUGAUUUGCUAUGCAGAGCAGGUGAAUUGGAAAAGGCAUGGAACCUUAUAAAUGAGAUGCUCCAUAAAGGCCAUGGCAUAGGCAGUGUUUCUAUGUGGGGGGCUUUACUUAGUGCUUGCUAUGAUUGUGGAAACUCUGAAUUGGGUAAACUGGCUGCUCAAAAAGCUCUUCAAUUAGACCCCCAGAAUUCUGGAAUUUACGUUAUGUUAUCCAAUUUAUAUGCUAAGUUUGGUAUGUGGAAUGAGAUUGGCCGAUUGAGAGAAUUGAUGAAAGAAAAAGGACUGAAGAAAGAUACCGGUUGUAGUUGGAUUGAGGUCACAAGUUGAAUGGAGUGGAAUAGAUUCUAAAGGAGAAUCGUAUUAUAUGACUAGGGUUUCCAUUUCAUUGAAGAGAUGAGGUUCCAUAUUAUGGUGCUUGCACCAGUGGUAUUUGUUUCUUGAAAGCCUGAAAUCUCAAGUAAUCAAAUGAUCCCAUCUAACCACUGUCGUAAUCUCAAAGGCGAGGAAAAGAUGAACAACUUGCAUUUUACUGAUUAAUAAUCUAAGAAUUCUGCUGAUUAUGUAAGCUGGAGAAUGCAAUGCCUGAACAAGCACAUGGCACUUAUAUCUAUUAAUUCUUGUUGAGGUUUCGACAGUCCUGCAAGGAUAGUGAGAAAGUUAAAACUGGUUAAUUGGCUGCUAAAGGGGGCAGUUAAACUGGUUCCUUAAAAUGCCAGGAUUGAUGUCAUAUUAUUAGAUUAGUAUCUAAAUUUGGUUUGUGCAACAGUAGAGGUAGUUGAUCCAGAAUUGAUCUGAUAUUUUGGCACCUUCAAGAAUCACACAUUCAUGGAGUAUAGCUGUAUGAAAGUAGAAUCAGCAAUGAAGAUAAAACCUCCGUGUACGCUUCGCAGUUCUUA